AGACCUCUCCAUCUUUUUGUUACCUUUGCAUUUAAUUGCGCUGCAUGCCCCAGUGGCUGCAGUAUUCAAGAGUUCAGCAAGAGCGGUUUCCUUGUUCCCUGGGUCACGUAUCCGGUAUGUACGCCCUGCCCGCUCUGGUACGCCCUGACCGAGGCCCCCCUCGGCAUAAAUGUGCUGACACACAGCUGGCCCCCUGGCAUGCGCAAAUAUGCGUUUCCCCCAGUGAGCCUACUUGCAUAGACCCUGUGCAAGGUCAGGGAGGACGAGGAGCAGGUCAUCCUAGUAGCACCCUACUGGCCCACCUAGGCGUGGUUCUCGGACCUCACGCUCCUCGUGACAGCCCCCCCUGGUGAAUUCCCCUGAGGAAGGACCUUCUUUCUCAGGGACGGGGCACCAUCUGGCACCCGCGACCAGACCUCUGGAAUCUCCAUGUCUGGCCCCUGGACGGGAUGUGGAAGACCUAAGUGGUCUACCACCUGCGGUGGACCAGAGGUGUCUCGGGCUCCCAAGAGUGACCCCUAGUGUCACUACAUCGACACAACGUCUCGUUCCCUCCAUCAGGGAACGGAGGUUACACAAGUAACCAUGACAUUUUGCUGGGCCUCAAGCAGUGCUGACCAAGCCCCCAGUAGAGGCCGACUUGCUCCUGGAGCAAUUCGUUUAUGAUCCUUCUAUGUAUUUAAUGUCGAAGGUUCUUUAAUGGGCUUUGUGUGGGUUCUAAGGCUUUUUGUAAUACCUUUUAUUUUGAAGUUUAGUUUCUUGUUCAUGUGGUCAUGUUUUUAAAAAAAAAAUUUUUUUUAUUAUGCAUGCAUUCUCAUUUUGGAAAAGUCUGUUUAAUGAACUUUCUUUAAAAAAAAAACGUAUUGUUUUUGGACUCUUGUUUUAGUUUCAAAAUAGUUUUUAUUAAUAAACUGCAUUUGGGUUCCAUUCGUUACUGGUUCAACCCCUAAAAUCUGUGUUGAGCCUUGUGGCAUGCACAUGGUCUAAACAUUGUGGUCAAAAAUGACGUACUGCAUUUCUUUCUUUUAUCUUUUUAAAUACACUUACUUGUAGUGUUAAACUGUAAAUCAUUUUUCAUACAAACAUUAAUGCAACAGCAACAUUAAUGACCAGAAUGCUGAAUUCUCAUCCAUUGAGACAGGCAGAUAAAAUUAAGUUCCACGUUAUUAGCUGACCUUCGUAGCCCAGUAAAAGGCCUCAUCAAUAUAUUGAUCUAAAGACACAUUAACUGGAAGAGCAGAAGCUGCAAACAAGGAACUGUUACUAUUCUUGCGCUCAACAUCUUUUAGUAGUUGCCAUUUCAUUUAAUCCAUCUUAGAUUUAGUAAAUGAGACGUGACUGUGUGUUACUCUGUGGUCACAAGAUUUGUUUUUGUUUUCAACAUGGAUGUUAAAAAAAAAAGAGUGAAAAAUGUAGAUCUGAUAAAACACAUACUAAGAUAAAAAAAUUUAACUUUAUUUUCUCAAUCUAUAUUUUCUUCUGUCAGUGUCUGUAGAGCUAUAUGGAUCUUUUCAGAGCCGUGGCUUAGUCGGCAGUUUCUUGACCCCGAUCUUUCCCUCAUUAUUUUCUGUACUCUGUUCUAUGAUAACAUUGCCAAAAAUGGCUAAAUAAACCAUCUGGAUCUUUAAAAUAACGAAAGCAUUACUCCAAUACAGCAAGCUCUUUUGUAGACCUUCAGUUAAAACCAGUUAAAUGGUAAAAGAGAAGUCAGCAACUAGAGUUAAACGUAUAGAUUGUGCAGGUAAUUUAAUGGACUGACUGUUUGUCUUCUGAUUGAAUUAUGGGUAAGCUUCUAGUAAGCUUCUAAACACUGAAAAUUAGCAGAGCCAAAGGGGGAAGUUUGUUUGUUUGAACUACAAUGCUCAUAUUUAGUGACACUGGGAGAUUUUCUAUGGGCGAGAUGUUUGGGGCUUUUAGUUGCUCAGUGUGGUGCAAGUGAAUGAGAUGGAAAUGAAGGCGAUUUGCAUAUCCACAGUGGUAUCAAACAGUCAAGCUGUGAAAACUCAGCUCCAUUAAACAUUGAAAAGUUUACAUGCUAAAAAAGGAUUGCACUUUUAUUCAUGUUUUAAGCAGUUUGGAUUUUUUUUAUUUACCACCUGUCUUUUCCAAUCUGUCCAUUAUUUUAUAGAGAUCCACAAAGAUGUUUAUACUGAUGAGAAAGAAAAGUACAUCUAAUAAAGAGUGCAAGUGAUUGCUAUGUCAGAGAGAGGUUCAGCCUCACAGAAUACAGCUGACGGAGACAGACAGGGUCCUAUGGAUCACGAUUCUAAGAUGUCGGAUGAGUACAGAGACACGGAUGAUUCAUCGGAGAAAACGCCGAGUAGGAUGUCCAGAUCACCACAGAAAUCCUCGAAAAGACCAAAGACAGUACCUGUGAAAGUCUCACUCCUAGACGGAUCUGCCUAUGAGACUGGAGUGGAGAAGCUCUGUAAAGGGCAAGUGUUACUGGAUAUGGUGUGUGAACAUCUUAACCUCUUGGAGAAGGACUACUUUGGCCUAUCCUUCAGUGACACAGAGAGCCAAAAGAAUUGGCUGGAUCCUUCAAAAGAGAUCAAGAAACAAAUGCGAGUGGGUCCUUGGCAUUUCUCCUUUGCUGUCAAGUUCUAUCCUCCUGAUCCCUCUCAGCUGAUUGAAGACAUCACACGGUAUUACCUGUGUCUGCAGCUGAGGGAGGACAUAUUGUCAGGUCGUUUACCCUGCUCGUUCGUCACUCACGCUCUGCUGGGCUCCUACGCUGUUCAGGCUGAGCUUGGAGACUAUGACCCAGAGGAACACGGGCCAGAUUACAUCAGUGAGUUCCGCUUUGCCCCCAAUCAGACCCGUGAGCUGGAGGAGAGGGUGGUGGAGCUUCACCGCACCUACAGGGGCAUGAGUCCUGCAGAAGCUGAGAUCAACUUCCUGGAGAAUGCCAAGAAGCUCUCCAUGUAUGGUGUUGAUCUCCACCAUGCAAAGGACUCUGAAGGCAUUGACAUCAUGCUGGGGGUGUGUGCCAGUGGCCUUUUGAUCUAUAGAGAUCGGCUGCGUAUCAACCGUUUUGCCUGGCCUAAGAUCCUUAAAAUAUCCUACAAGAGAAGCAACUUCUACAUCAAGAUCCGCCCUGGAGAGUAUGAGCAGUUUGAGAGCACUAUUGGCUUCAAGCUACCCAACCACCGUGCCUCUAAGCGCUUGUGGAAAGUCUGCAUUGAACACCACACCUUUUUCAGAUUGGUCUCUCCUGAGCCUCCACCCAAAGGUUUUCUUGUGAUUGGCUCAAAGUUUCGUUACAGCGGGCGGACCCAAGCCCAGACUCGUCAAGCCAGUGCUUUAAUUGACAGGCCAGCUCCUCAGUUUGAACGAUCGGUCAGUAGGAGGUACCUGCUGUCCCGCAGCAUAGAUGGAGAAUCUGCUUUAGGAGACACUAUGGACCAACUCUCCCAGCACACCUCUUGUGAGCCUGUGCACAGUCUUCCCAGAGAUGAACUGGACCAGGACUACCUGGAGGCCUGUCUGGAUCAGGACUUGGACCAAGAUCAGGUUUACGAACAAGCUGAAUAUGAGCGUCUAGAGAGUGACUUCACUCCUUCUAAGACUGUGGAGCUCAAGAGGGAGGAGGCCGGCUCUCCUGUAGACUCUAAGACAGAGUCGGACCAGGACUUGGCCCCGCGUCCUAAACAGGAGCAGUUCCUGGAUAAACCAGAGGAUGUGUUGCAGAAACAUCAAGCCAGCAUCAAUGAGCUGAAAAGAGCGCUGAGAGAGCCUAACAGCAAACUGGUCCACAGAGAGAAACGGCUCUCUGGAGCUUCACCGGGCAGUACUCCGGAGAAAAAAUCUGCCUCAGAGGAGUCCCUAUUGAUUGAGAAGCAAGAUGGUUGUCAAAGAGACGUGACCCUCAGUAAAAAAGAGGAAAAGAGCAGGAGUCCUAGAGUAGCUUCAUUAGCCACUGGAUCCAACAGAGAGACAGAAGACAGAAUGAGAGAGAAAAUCCCCACCACACACAAAAACAUGAGAGAAAAGCACAGUGUAGCGAAAAGGACCAUGACAGAGACUGUCCUAUCUCCCGAGAAGCCCCUGAGAAAUAGAGCUAAAAGCCCUGCUUUAAGGUACAACCAUUUCCAGGGUUGCGGUUCUUUAAAGGAUAAAGCGCAUGAUAAUGGUCACCCACAGGACAGAUGUGCAUCGGAGAAUGUCAUUCAUGCAAAUGGGUGUGAUGAAUAUGCACCAGAGAGGCACUGGGCUGAUAAAAAUGACAUGGGUGUAACCCAUGGAGAAGACGAGACUCAGGAUUUAGCAAACUAUGUAGAGAGAAGCUUUGGUAAGGCUUCUCCCAAUGCAGCCAUAGACAAACACAUUCGAGAUCGAUAUAAUGAAAGCAGAUGGGAGAGACAAACCUCUGUAACAGAGAUAGAGAGUACUUACCCUACUAAGCAGAAGCAGACACCUAAACCAGGUGAUGUAACAGCCAAAGGCUCAACAAUCCAGAGACACGAUUCCACGGCAAGCGAAACAUCACAGACUGAGUUGAAACGCAUCGUUCCACUGAAGCCCGAGAGGUCAAAGAAGCUGAAAGGCAAUAAGGCGCCACAAGGACAGCCAAUUGAGACAAGCAUUGCAGGAUCAUUUGAUGGAAAUGAAGGAACCAAGUUUAAGGAAGAGCAAAUUUCAGCAGUUCUAGAAGGCACUCCUUUUGCCAUGCAAGACCUGAUCAGUAAUUGUCAAAAUAGGGAAGUCAUACAAUAUAGCCGGCAGUCUCUCCAAGACAGGCAUCUCAAAAACAGUGCUGACCACAGACUCCGUAUUGAACAAGAUCAGUUUCUUUUUGAAGAUCUGUCUUUAGUGUUUGACUUUCCAACCAAUUCGACAUUUUCAGCUCUUGAUCAGAUUCCACUUUUGUACCCACCUGUAAAAUCCCAGAGGACACGAGAUCACAUCCCCAAAAGCGAUUCUAGCAACAGUCUUCACAAGAGCUCCAGUGUGGAAUCUUCCAAGAGAAAACCAGUGGAGCCCCUUCCCACCCCAGCAAUUCAUGCGGAGCCUCAGGAGGAAGCCCAGAGAGAGCCCUGGGAGAGAUAUUUGGGAUCGGUGUCAGAAGACGACCCUGAUCCAGACACUCUUUACCUGAAGGAGACCCACCUGGGCAUUGAGCGCAAAUGCUCGAGUAUCACUGUUAGCUCAACGUCCAGUCUGGAGGCUGAGGUGGACUUCACUGUCCUCAUGGACUUCCAAACUGGAAUCGAGGAAUUUUCCAGAGGCAUGUCGGAGCUGGGAGAGAAAGACCUCUCACCUGAGUUUGGCCUCUCUGACCGGCCAACCCAUCCAGCAUUUAUACUGGGAGCAGAUCCUGUCUUCCUUCCUGAAGAGAGACCUGUGGAAGUACAGAGGCGCAUUGAGAAACCAAAGCCCAUUGUAGAACAGAAGCUCCCGGAGGAACGUAAACCAGAGCCCUUUGUUCCCAAGAAAGCACCACGGUCAGUGAAAGCUGCCCAAGCCCUGAGGAAAGACUCGACAGAACAAGCCAAUGCCCUGUCAAUAAGACAGGAGAGCUCAGAAUCACCUCCGAUCCAUUCUCUCAGUAGAGAAAGCAGUAAAAUCAUUGCCUCCCAGGCUCUGAGGAAAACUGAGGUCAAGAUCGAGACACAGCCCAAUGGCUCUGAGGUCACCACGACCAUUAUGGAGAUUGCAGACCCGGAUCAUGGCAUGGGCAGUAUGCGAGAGGCUGCAUACUCCAUGACAGAGAGGGUCUCUCCUGUGAAUCUUGGAUCAUUAACAAGAGAGGGUUCUGGUUCUCCUUUAAUGGUGACAGAGAAUGUAACAUCAGCCACUACAACUCAUGUUACUAAGACGGUGAAAGGAGGGUACUCUGAGACAAGAAUUGAAAAGAGGAUUAUCAUUACUGGUGAUGAUGAUGUUGAUCAAGAUCAGGCGCUCGCUAUGGCAAUAAAAGAAGCCAAGCAACAGCACCCUGACAUGUUGGUAACCAAGGCUGUAGUUGUCAGGGAAACAGAAUCUUCCACUCAAGACCCACAUGAGGAAUCGAAGGGAUUGUAACGUUGAGGCAAGCAGAGCAGGAGCAGACGAGAUGACGAAGAUGUGUGAAGAACCCAAGUGCAGUUUAUUUACAAGGUGCAAUAAAUCCAAAAACGUGAAUACCAAACAUGAAAUAACUCCAAAGUGAAAACAAAACAUGAACUUAACUAGACUAGACUAGACUUGAUUUGACUAAGACUACAACGUCACCACAAACAUUACACAAACAAUACCUGACAAAGGACAACAGAGGACUUAAAUACAAACCAAAAGGUAAUAACAUAAGGACCAAUGACAGAACUGAAAUGAUAAACAAGAUAACAAGACUAAUAAACAUGAACCAAUGAAAAGACAAGACUAAUAAACAAAGAACCAAUAAGAACAAGACAAAUGAAGCAUGAGGGAAACAGGAAACCACAUGAAUAAGACACAUGACAAGAAACAGGAACAGGAAGUAAACUAAUUUCAAAAUAAAAGACAUGAAAACAAAACAUGAACAAAAACACACACACUGACGUGACUGGGAUAGACAUACAGUGUCUUCAGUGAUAUGCACAGAAUAACGCUAACAAAAAGUUUUUAGUCAAGUGAAAUUUCUUGGAAAUAUAUUUUUCCAAUGUUUUGUCAGUGGAGCGAUCCAAAAACACUGUACAUCUAUCCCUCACAGCCUUGUUGUCAUUCCCAUCAAAAAGCAAAGAUGGCACUGCUUUGAAUAAGGUCUGUUGUGAGCCUUACUGUUUUUCAUCUUACUAUCAUACAGUACAUUGCCAAUAUAGUGGAUCUUUUCCAUCCACUUAAAGAAAUGGUUGUGUGACAUUAUCUUUUUAUUUCUAUUUUCCUCUC